AUGUCCUUCUUUGACCAUGUUUCCAUCAAGCAUCUCAACAAAUACCAACCCAGCGACGAACCGUGGCACAAGACACUUAUGUAUUUCUCCCAGACCGUUCCGUCUGUGCGAUAUGCAGCUAUUGCACUAUCCCUGCUGCAUCGGAGCUACAUCCAUGGCGGUUCUACCUCCGUUACCUCUUUGCAAUCCUUCAAAGAAUCGCACCAGAUCAGUAACGAAGCUCCCUUGCUUCAUUACAACAUGGCAAUCCAACAUCUUCUGAGCCAGGAUUUAAGUGGUCGCGAUAGUGUGGAGAGAACAGCCAUCACGCUACUGGUCUGCUAUCUCUUCACUUGCUUCGAUCAUCUAGCGGGCAAUGAUUUACAGGCGAUGAAGCAUCUCCGUGGAGGCGUGGAGCUGUCGCGCAAUCUCGACAAGGUGUUGGUCACCAACAGCAGCUCAACAGACCUUCGAGGCCUCAUCAGUCAGGUCACGACUCAAAUCCGCCGUCUCGACAUGCAAGCCGUCAUGUUCGCCCUUGACUGGACUCCAGCAGACAUCCAAGAGCCGAGCAUAUGGCAGCUUUUGCCCUCCGAUAUUGCCUUUCCGUCCCUUGGUCAGGCUGUUGACUCCAUGCAAAUGCUUGUGGCGCAGGCGAUUAGACUACGCAACACGGAUGAACAAAUGUACCCAACAGGUAAAAUAACCUCACCUGAUUCAAAUUCAUCGCCGAAGGAUAUUCUUCUUGAUCAGCUGGAGACGUGGCUGGGUCUUUUCGAGAACAUGCUCCAGCUACAAAACCACUCCUCUAGAACACACUCCGACAGUAGCACGCUCAUAAGUCUACUACGACUACAACACAAAAUCGCAUGGAUCUUCACCAUUAGUUACGGGCCCAGUAAGGAGAUGGAGUACGAUGCCUUCCUACCUCAGUUCCAGCAAUGCGUCGCAUUGGCGAGGGAUGUAGCAGUGUCUCACCAGGAUAUUCUCGGACCUUCGAACCCGACUUUCACACCAGAGAUUGGAGUCCUUCCUGUGCUUUAUAUCAUCGGAGCCAAGUGUCGGCAUGCUCUUUUGAGACGUGAAGUCCUCGAUAUUCUCCGACGGCAGUCCAUACGAGAGGCGGUUUGGAAUAGUGUCUGUACAGCUCGGAUACUUGAGCGGAUAAUUGAGAUUGAAGAGAAGGGCUGUGGAUAUGGGCAUAUACCAACCAUGGAUCAAAUUACUGUCGGCAUAAUUCAGGAUAUCAAUCAGGCAAUUCAGCAAUAUCGAGAGGGCCUCGACCUCAACGUGUCUAAUAGAGUCACCCGGAUCGACCUAACAUACAGUCUCGGUCUCGCCUACCAAGCGAGGUAUCAAGAGACGGCAACUCUUGCAGAUUUGAACAGAUCCAACGACUUACUGGAGGAGGCCUGCGACUCAACGCCAGAGGGGACUGAGUUGAAGAAUUCUCGGCGCAAGGAUCUUGCACUUGGUUAUCAGGUCAAAUAUCUAAGAACUGAACAAGUUAUUGACAUCAACAAGGCCAUAUCGCUGUUCCGAGAACGCAUAGAUCACUCGUCAAGCCAGGACCCUGGAUACGCAAGCUUUCACGGAGAGCUUGGGGUAGCAUAUGGAGCUAAACAAUUGAAGGGAGGUGAGAUGAAGGAUCUAGAAAUGAGCAUCCAGCUCCUUCAGCACGGAGUCAACCUGUCAGGACCCGAUGAUCCUCUUUAUGUUUGGAUGCUGGAAGAGCUAUCGAAGUCAUACAAGUAUCGGUUUUGGGAAACCAAGUCGAUAUCGGAUAUCGAUACUGCAAUUCAAAAUUUGCAAAAAGCCUUCGAAACAUCCUCUAACGACUUUGAACAAGCUUCACAACUACAAUGGCUGUCUCGGACGACUACGGAUAAGUUCAAAGAAACGCAAUCAAUCAGCGACAUUGAUCAGAGCAUUCAGUUCAUGGAAAAAAGUCUUGACAAGACACUUUCAACAGACUUACCACGUGGUUGUCGUCUCUACGAGCUUGGCAGUCGUUAUGGCCUCAAAUACAAAGUCACAGAGGCAGUAAAGGAUUAUACUUCUGCCAUCAAGUACCUCCAGGAAGUGGUUCACGACGCUUCAAUUGACCUCUACAACAAAGUUUUGGCUGGUAAGGAGGCCAUGGAUCUUUUCGCCUCGCGCGAGGACUGGCGGCAAGGCUUUGAGAUAGCUACGUCACUCAUCGAGUUGGUCCCCUCACUCAUACCUCGAUUUCUAGAACCUCUUGACACCCAAUAUGUCCUUAGAGAUAUAGCGGGUAUUGCCUGCGAUGCAGCGGCAAUGAGCAUUAAUGGAGGAGAGGAGCCGGUCGUUGCUCUCAAGCUCCUUGAAGCAGGAAGAGAUAUGAUGGCAACAUCUAUCAACGACCUCCGUGGGGAGACGAUCAGUCUGAUGUCCGAACAUCCUGAAAUGGCGGAAGAGUUCCUGACCCAGCGGCAUGCGUUAGACAAACCAGCAGCCGACGAGAACGAUCCGAGUGAACGAUACGAAAGAGGCAAUCAGCUGUCCAAGCUUAUCGAUCAGAUCAGACAGCUACCGGGAUUUGAUGACUUCCUGCGCGUACCGGGUGAAAAAGCACUAAAGAGGGCAGCUGUCAAGUAUCCCAUCGUUGUUAUCAACGUGAGUCGCUACCGAUGUGAUGCUCUCAUCAUUUCGAAAGGUCGUCUCUGCUCUAUUGCUCUUCCGGCCUUGACUCUCGUCAAACUGCAGGAACAUUCCCCUCAUCGAGAUAGCAUAAGCACCCAUGCAGUCCUCUCUUGGCUUUGGGAGGUUGCCAUGAAACCUGUUUUGGACUUUCUAGGCUUUGUUAAACUUCCUGGUACGGAUGAGAAUUGGCCUCGGGUGUGCUGGAUACCAACUGGUCCGCUUUGCAGAUACCCUCUCCACGCCGCAGGACAUCAUGGUUGCGAAUCAUCCGAAACAGUUAUCGACCGCGUCAUGUCUUCCUACAGUUCUUCCGUCAAGGCGAUUAUUGAUGGCCGCCGUCCCACCGUCACCAGGAUGGGAACAACGAGGGCCCGAUCCAUGCUUAUCUCAAUGGAAGAUACACCUGGAGCGAUCAGCCUUCCUUUUGCAGGACGAGAAAUCGAAAUGUUGCACAGUCUUCACCUAACAAUGUCACUCGAUCCCAUAAGAGCCAAAUCCAAGCAGGAUGUUAUAUCAAAACUCGAAGAAUGCAGUGUCUUCCAUUUCGCGGGACAUGGUUUUACUGACCGUCAAGAUCCUUCCAAGAGUCACUUGGUCCUACAAGACAACGGCCAGAGCAAUCCACUGGAAGUUGGUACACUUUUAAGCAUGAACCUACGCCAAAACCCACCUUUCUUGGCGUACCUCUCAGCCUGCGGAACAGGCCAGAUUAAGAACGAUACCUUUUUCGACGAGAGUAUUCAUCUCAUCAGUGCCUUUAGACUAGCAGGAUUUCGCCAUGUUAUUGGAACGCUCUGGGAGGUAAAUGAUGAGUACUGCAUUGACAUGGCGAGGAUUACUUAUGAAGAGAUACGAGAUGGCGGAAUGACAGAUGACUCCGUUUGCAAAGGACUUCACAAGGCUUCGAGAGAACUAAGAAGGCGCUGUCUCAGUAUGGUCAGUUUGGGAAGUGGGAGAAAAGCCAAAGAGGAUCAUGUCAGAAGCACUGAACAUUCUGUACAAGAUCAGGGCCAGCGGAUGUCACAGAGAGAUAUCUUGCCUUGUGACGAAGACUUGUCUAUGUCAUUGCAUUGGGUUCCCUAUGUUCAUUUCGGUGUGUGA